AUGGAAGGAUUAGAACAAUGGAAGGUGCUGGGAGAACAAUGGAAGAAACAGGCAGAGAAAUGGUCGUCGCAAGCCCUUGAACGCAUUCAGGCAGAGAAAUGGUCGUCUCAAGCCCUCGAAUACAUUCAUCAGGUUCCACCUGAGCAGAUUUAUGCUGCUAUCGCCAUCUUGAUAUUCACAUCAUUUUUACUCAUAUUGGUUAGGUUGUUUAAACGCCCAAAAGCUAAUACCAUACUGCUGAGUGGGCUUAGCGGGAGUGGGAAGACUCUUCUUUUCUAUCAACUUCGGGAUGGCUCUUCUCAUCAAGGUACUGUCACAUCUAUGGAACCAAAUGAGGGAACUUUUGUGCUCCAUUCUGAAAAAUCCAAGAAUGGAAAGGUAAAUCCUGUUCAUCUUGUUGAUGUCCCUGGGCAUUCUCGCCUUAGAGCCAAACUAGAUGAUUUCCUACCUCAAGCAGCAGGUAUAGUAUUUGUGGUUGAUGCUUUGGAGUUCUUACCAAAUUGCCGUGCUGCUUCAGAGUACUUAUAUGAUAUUUUGACCAAGGCUAGUGUGGUGAGGAAGAAAAUUCCAGUUCUUAUUCUCUGCAACAAGACAGACAAAGUGACAGCACAUAGCAAGGAAUUUAUUCGAAAACAGUUGGAGAAGGAAAUUGACAAAUUACGAGCAUCAAGAAGUGCAAUAUCAGCAGCUGAUAUUGCAAAUGACUUUACACUUGGAGUACCUGGCGAACCAUUUUCAUUCCAUCAGUGCCAGAACAAAGUUACGGUUGCAGAAGCAUCUGGUCUAACAGGUGACGUAUCCCAGGUGGAGCAAUUUAUUAGGGACCAUGUGAAGUCUUAG